AUGAAGGUGUCAACGAUAAUAUUGGUGUCUUUUGCGUCGUGGGUAGCGGCCCAUCCAGGUCUUCCGCACUCGGAAAAAGUCGAGAACAAUUCGGAAGACGUAAGGGCAGAGAGGCAAGAGAAGCCGAAUGUAUUAAUUGAAAAUUUAAUAUCAUUGAAGGAUAAAUUUACACCACUGCAACUGAUUGAAAAUGAAAAGCUAGGGGAUCUGGGGACAUUUAAUAUAGCGCAGCAGAGUAUCGAGAAAUAUGGAAUUCCUACGUCACCGAUAGCGUUCUUUUUUGGUAAGGACAAUUUCAUCAUUUCGACGAUUUUAAACGUGAUCGGAACAGCCAAAGAAGUGAUUGGAACAGCCAAAGAAGUGCUUGAAACAAUCAAAAGCAAUGUCAAGAAAGUGAUAAAGUUGCCUUUCCUCGCGCGUGGAGAAAAGACAUCAGGAGCCAGUCUGGGCUUCGAGAAAACUGAUUCUGCUCAGUUGAAAGGGCAUGAAUCAAGUGAUAAAGACGAUUCUCGACUAUCGACAGAAAUUGAAGGAAUCGAUAUGAACGAGGUGAAAGAAGGUUACAGCAAUGGUUAUCGGAAAUCAACAGAAGGUGACGCAAAAGAAAUUGCCAACGAAAAACAUGUUAUUCAGUCUGCUGAUUCUCCGGUAUCGUGGAAAGAGAAUGCAAAAACAGAUACCAGCGAGAGAAAACACUCGGAAGGGUCUCAGAUAUCAACGAAACUGGAAGAAAAAUCAGCUAGCGCAAAAAAGCAGAGUCAUUCCGCCGAAAAAGCUGAGAAAACGUCGUUAACUAACGCGAAAGAAGAAACUUUUCAAGGUCCGAUGAAUGUUACGGAAAAAGUAGCUGCCGACGAGAAAAAGGACAAUUCGAAGAAGAGUAGAAGAAGCGUAGUAGCAUAUUGA